AUGCCUGUCUCCGUCCCCGCCGCAGACUCCCUCCACGACCUCUUCAGCCUCAAAGGCAAGACGAUCAUCAUCACCGGCGCCUCCGGCCCUCGCGGCAUGGGCAUCGAAGCAGCACGCGGCUGCGCCGAGAUGGGCGCCAACAUCGCGCUCACCUAUUCUUCUAGGCCCGAGGGCGGCGAAAUAAAUGCCCGCGACCUGGCUAAACAGUACGGCGUCAAGGCUAAAGCUUACAAAUGCAACGUUGCGAAAUGGGAGGAGGUUGAGAAAUUGGUGGCGGACGUGAUCAAGGAGUUUGGCCAGAUCGAUGGGUUCGUGGCCAAUGCCGGCCGAACAGCUGACAAGGGCAUUUUGGAAGGUUCCGUGAAGGAUUGGGAGGAAGUCAUUCAGACCGAUCUCACGGGUACCUUCCACUGUGCCAAAGCCGUGGGCCCCCAUUUCAAGGAGAGAGGCAAAGGAAGUUUUGUCAUUACCGCCAGCAUGUCCGGCCACAUUGCAAAUUUCCCUCAGGAACAGACUUCGUACAACGUCGCGAAAGCAGGAUGUAUCCACUUUGCGCGGUCGUUGGCUAACGAAUGGCGCGAUUUUGCGCGCGUCAACUCCAUUUCACCGGGUUAUAUUGAUACGGGUCUGUCGGACUUUGUGCCGCAAAAAAUUCAGGAUUUGUGGAAUUCGAUGAUCCCUCUGGGACGCAACGGACAUGCAAAGGAGCUCAAGGGGGCGUACGUGUACCUGCUCAGCGAUGCGAGUACGUAUACCACGGGUGCGGAUAUUGUGAUUGAUGGAGGGUAUACUGUGCGAUAA